AUGUCAAGGGCUUUCAGUGCACCAGGAAAGGCACUUCUUGCUGGAGGGUAUUUGGUGCUCGAUCCAAGCUAUGAUGCGUAUGUGGUUGCUCUUUCAUCUCGGAUGCAUGCUAUUAUACAAUUGAAUCAAAGUGAGAGCAGCACAAAUAUAUCUAUGGUGAAGAUUUCAUCUCCUCAGUUUCGGGAAGGAGAGUGGGAAUAUCGAAUUGAACCUUCUUGCUACAAGCCAAUUGAGACAAACUCUCGAAUAAAUCCAUUUAUAGAAGCUACUUUGCUCACCAUCUUGUCUUAUGUGCAACCUGCUGAGAGUUUCAAUUUAAACAUAACGAUUUACUCGGACCCUGGAUAUCAUUCACAGAACAACACUACAAAACGUACUUGUGAGAAUCACAAGAAAUCGUUUCUUUUCCAUAAUCAGCGUAUAAACGAUGUUCCAAAGACUGGGUUGGGGUCAUCUGCUGGGUUAGUUUCUGUUCUUUCAGCUGCACUAUUAUCGCAUUUUGAACCAGGUAGUGAAAAAUCAACAGAUUUGUUACACAAUUUAGUUCAAGUAGCUCACUGCUUAGCUCAGAAGAAAAUAGGAUCAGGAUUUGAUGUGGCGGCAGCAAUAUAUGGGUCAAUUAUAUAUCGUCGAUUUGAGCCAAGUGUAAUUAAUAAGGUCUUGAAUGAUUUAGAGACAAAUCCUGCACUUUUCAAGGAUAAAGUUAAGCAGAGUUGGCAGUUUAAACAUGAAAAGUGUGCUUUACCAGCCAGUGUACGGUUAAUAAUGGGAGACAUUGCAGGAGGCUCGGAAACUCCAAAAAUGGUUACAAAAAUACUUGAAUGGAAAAAGAACAACCCCGCAAAAGGCGCUGAAGUUUAUGUGAAGUUGAAUUCUGCCAAUACCAGGUUCAUGAAAGCCGUGAUGAGUGCAAACAAGCAAUCACUAAGCGAAAGUCCGCUUGGCCAAACUGAAAUGGAGGAGUUGCAAAAUUCUAUAUUGGAUAUGCGACAGGGGUUGCGUGAAUUGUCAAUUGAAGCAGAUGUUCCUGUUGAACCAUUAGAGCAAACCAAACUUUUGGAUAAUGUGAGCAGCAUUGAUGGAUGUCUAGGAGGCUUAGUUCCUGGCGCUGGGGGUUAUGAUGCUGUUGCUGUUCUCGCUUUAGCUCAAUCUGUAGAUAAGAUCAAAAGUAUCACAGAGGAGACACCAAAUCAGUAUAACAAUGUACAUUGGGUAGAUUUGCAUGAGGAGCGAGAAGGGUUGAGAGAAGAGGACCCAAUGGACUACCAAGGCCUUUAA